ACUCCUCCCAGAUCUCCUCGUGUUCACCCCCACCCACACUCCACCGCACCAACCUCCCUCCCUUCCUCCACCACCACACCACCUCCCUCCCUUCCCCACCACCAACCGGCGCCGAUCUCCUCCGGCCCUGCCCCACCCGUGACCUUUCUUCCCUCGCCGAUGAGCCCCCUCCCCCAGCCACCUCCUAGCACGAGCCGGGCCCCGCCCCACAACACCGCCCCACCCCGGCCGCGACUACGACCCUGCCCCGUGACGCCGGCCUCCACGACCCGCGACGGCUGGUCUCCAAGGCCCCGGCCCCUCGCCGUCCUCCCGCGGCUGCCCCGCAUCAGAUCCGCGCAUCACCGUCCCGGGUCACCGGCCACUCUUCCCUCUCCUCCCCGUUCCUCCACCUCCUCCCUUCCGUCCCUGGCCACUACAGUGCGUCCCGGGUCGACAGCCACCGUGUUGCCGUUCGCCUGCCUGGCCUCUCUCUGGCUCUCCACCGUCAAUGGGUGGGCGACAAAAAAUUGCAGGCGCGCAGGCUGCAUCUGACGACUGUCAAUGGUCACAUGUGGGACGAGCCCAACCGUGCAGUAUGCCAGAGCAGGAUAGAGAAGUACGAUGGUGUGAACUACUUCGAUGGGAGCAGCAGGGGAGUCGAGGUGGUGUUUCUGCCUCUGGAUGUCGUAGUCGUGCGGUGCGGCUAUGCCCCAUUGCGGCUUGGUAUUUUCCCUUUCUUGCUGAUAGGUGCCUCGGUGCAGUUGGCUUGAUCGAAGAUGAGGUUCGACUAGUUUGUGUAUGCUGGUCAAGGUGUCUUGUACAUGCAGCUCACGACGUGAUGUUGGUUCAGUUCAUUGGCAAGCGAUUCUAUAUCGCGGGCGUGCAGCUCACCAUCGUUAGCCUGGCAGGGUCAACGCAACUGGACCCAGGACAUACGGCUUUGAUUUAGUUUUCAUUUUGUUUUGAGUGGGUUUUAUGUAAAUUUAUAGGGCUGUGUUUGGUAAGUUUUAAAAACUACUAUUUGAUAACAAACUUGGUGGUUCA